GACUGAUGCGACGCUCAAGGAGGCUUGGCGGAGAGUCGCCAGUGCCGUGUUGAUUUCUGUGUAUUUCUUGCGAUCCCACAUUUGGAAGUCUCGUUUAGUGGACUGCACAUGGGCACUGCUGUUGAUCGUACCAAUCUGAAAGUGUAGGCAAGCUUCAAGCUUUGCGGCGUCCGCCGACAGCUCGAUUUUUGCCCCAUUGCGGGGUGUGCCGCAUCGUUCUCCCCUCACGUGACGUCUGCUGCUGUCUCCGCUGCCUGUCGCAAAACAUGUCUCUGAGCACGGAUAUUGGCUCUGUUUUAACGGGUUUGCCCGAUGAUUUCGAAAAAGGAGGUGUGGUGGCUGCCACCAGUGUUCUUCACCAAAGGGCGAACGAAAUACGGCAACAAAGGGUCAAUUGGCAGUCCUACCUCCAGAGCCAGAUGAUCACACAAGAAGACUACAACUUCAUUGUUGCCCUUGACCAGUCGACACCAGAGAGCAGGGCUAACCUGCUCAAGCAGCAGCGUCUGCAGUCAGCCAAGACCUUCUUCAACAUGCUGGGGCACAUCUCGAGGGACCAGACCAUCCAGUACAUCCUCAUCAUGAUAGACGAGAUGCUUCAGGAAGACAAGUCACGAGUGGAGAUUUUCAAGGAGUAUGCCCGCAAGAAAAAGGAGCCGGUCUGGACUCAGUUUUUGACCUUGCUGAAUCGACCAGAUGGCUUCAUCGUGAAUAUGACAAGUCGCAUCAUUGCCAAGAUUGCUUGCUGGAGCCGUGAGCUGAUGGAGGGCUCCGACUUGCAGCAUUACCUCACCUGGCUCAAAGACCAGCUUCGCAUGCCGAACAAUGAGUACAUCCAGUCCGUGGCUCGGUGUAUGCAGAUGAUGCUGCGAAUCAAUGAGUACAAGCUAGCCUUCGUUGCCAUUGACGGAAUUUCAACCAUUGUGACGGUGCUGGCGGGUCGAGUGAACUUCCAGAUUCAGUACCAGCUUACCUUCUGCCUCUGGGUCCUCACCUUCAAUGUUGACUUGGCCAAGCGGAUGAGCAAGUACAACAUCAUACCAAUCCUGGCUGACAUUCUCAGUGAAUCGGGAAAAGAGAAAGUGGCACGGAUUAUCCUGGCAACAUUCAGGAACCUGAUCGAGAAGCCUGACGAGAACGAGAUCCGGCGGGACAACGCCAUCGCCAUGGUGCAGUGCAAGGUGUCAAGGCAGCUUGAGAUACUGCAGGGCAAGAAGUACACCGAUCCCGACAUUGUGGAGGACAUUGAGUAUUUGGAGGAGAAGCUUAACACCAGCGUUCAGGAUAUGAGUUCCUUUGACGAGUAUGCCACAGAGAUCAAGUCUGGUCGUCUAGAGUGGGGACCUGUGCACAGCUCAGAGAAGUUCUGGCGGGAGAAUGCAGACAAGCUCAACGAGAAGAACUAUGAGCUGCUGAAGAUCUUGGUGCGCCUGUUGGAGACAAGCAGGGACCCUCUUGUUCUGAGUGUCGCUGCCCAUGACGUUGGAGAGUACGUCCGGUACUAUCCACGAGGAAAACAUGUUAUUGAGAAACUGGGUGGCAAGCAUCUUGUGAUGCAACUGCUAGGCCACGAGGACCCCAAUGUGCGGUACGAGGCUUUGCUCUGCGUCCAGAAGAUCAUGGUGCACAACUGGGAGUACCUUGGAAAACAACUGGAGAAGGAAACAAGCACCUCACGUCCAACACAAGGCCCAACCAGAUCAUAACUCAUCUGGACAUGUUACUGUGCUUUUUAAACCUCAGGAGGGAAUGUGUAAUAAACCUGUGUAUUUAUUUAUCCAAAGGCACUUGAAGCCACCGGCAUUCCUUAAGCAUAACUUUGUGGGUUUUUCUUUGGUUAAAAUGUUUGAACUGGCUGCUCCAUGCACAUAGUGCAAGAGUGACAUUCCAAGUAAAACUGCCAUUGCACAAGUACUUACUGAAAAACGUUUUUGUCUUUCCAUUCUGCAUAUAUAGAAUAUUCUUUGGUACUAUAACCUGAUGCAGACUGUGAGUUCUUUCUGGAUUUGUACAGUGUGUCAACAAUGUAACCUAAAGCAUUCACUUGUUUAGUGUGAUUUAUGUUAGACUAUAAGUUGUGCCAGCAUUGUUUAAAAGCUGCAGAGAACAUGUGUAGCAAUAAAGACAAUUGUGACAACUG